CGGUGGUGAGGGCCUGGGGCCUGGUGUGGCGCCUGUGCGAGGCGCUCUGGGGCCGCCUGAAAGAGCUGGAGGGGCGCCUGGAGGAGCCCAGCGAGUACGGGCUGCUGCUGGAGCGCCGGAGGGCCUUCUCCCGCUGGCUCUCCCGGACCGCGGCCCAUCGCAUCCAGGAGGAGGUUGCGCUCCGGCAGAACGACGCUCCCGCCGAGGCCGUCUUCAGCUACCUCACCGGGAAGCAGAUCAGCAACGCCUGCCACCUGGCCCAGCAGUCUGGGGAUCUCCGCCUGUCUCUGCUCCUCUCCCAGCUGGUGGGGAGCCAGGAGGUCCGGGAGCUGCUGGCCCUGCAGUUGGCCGACUGGCACCAGCUCCAAGCGGACGGCUUCAUCCAGGACGAGCGGCUGCGCAUUUUCUGCCUCCUGGCUGGCAAGCCGGUGUGGCAGUUGUCCGAGAAGAGAACCAUCAACGUCUGUUCCCAAUUGGACUGGAAGCGCUCCCUGGGGGUCCACCUGUGGUACCUGCUGCCUUCCACAGCCCCCCUUUCGAAGGCCCUCAGCGUGUACGAAGCCGCAUUCCAGGCCACCCCAGAGGGAGAGGGAUACGCCUGCCCUCCGCUGCCUCCCUACCUAGAAGACUCCGGCUACGUGGCGGAGAACGACAACGCCCAACGGCCCCUGCGAGACGUGUGUUUCCACCUGCUGAAGUUGUACAGUGACAGGUGCUACGACUUGCACCAGCUGCUGGACCCCCGGAGCGUCACGGCAGACCCCUUGGACCACCGCCUCAGCUGGCACCUGUGGGAAGCGCUCCGGGCCCUGAACUACACCCACCUGUCGGAGCAGUGCCAGGGGGUGCUGAACAGCAGCUACGCAGCCCAGCUGGAGAGGGAGGGGCUGUGGGAGUGGGCCGUCUUCGUCCACCUGCACACCCCCAACGCUCGAACGCGGGAAAGAGCCGUGCGGGAGCUGCUGAACCGCCACUGCAAGCUGCUGGAGUCGCCGGAGUCCGGGGACAAGGAGGCCUUCCUGACGCGGAAGCUGUGCGUCCCCCCGGAGUGGAUCUACGAGGCGAAGGCCCUCUGGGCCCACAGGGAGGGCGACAAGGCCCGCGAGGCCCUCUACCUCUUCAAGGCCG